CUCGGGAUAUCUCGAGCGUCCCGCCCGUGGCAAGCCCUGCUCACCUGUGCUGGGGCUGGAGGUGCCUCUCGGGCUGCAGUUCCCGCCAGCCGAGCGCAGCAGAGUCGAGCUCAGGCGGCCGAGGCGUGAGGACCGCGACGACUCUCCUGGACACCGAGGCGAAGCGAAGCACCGCGAUGAAGAACCUCCCCAUCAAGGAAGAGCCCGCAGAGCUGCCGCCCGCCGUGGCCAGCGCCUUCGGCCGGCGGCACAUCCAGAUGUGGAUCCUGGCCGUGGGCACGGCGCUGGCGUACAGCUGCCGCGUCAACAUGUCGCUGUGCAUCGUGGCCAUGACCUCCCCGGAGAGCGCCGCGGGCUUCCAGACCUACGACUGGAGCCAGCAGGAGCGCGGCUACGUGCUGUCGUCCUUCUUCUGGGGCUACGUGCUCAUGCAGGUGCCCGGCGCCACGCUGUCCAACCGAUACGGCCCCCGCUACUUCAUCUUUAUCGGCGUGGCGGGCAGCGGGCUGCUGUCGGUGCUGACGCCGCUGGCGGCCGCCUGGGGCGGCGCGUACACGCUGUGCGUCCUGCGCGCCGUCGAGGGCCUCUGCCAGGGCCUCGUCUUCCCCUGCGUGCACUACAUGCUCGGGCGGUGGGCGCCGCCGCUCGAGCGCAGCCGCUCCUCCGCCAUCGUCAUGAGCGGGCCGUCCGUCGGCACGCUCGCCGCCAUGGCGGGCGUCGGGCUGCUGUGCUCCUCCCCGUUGGGCUGGCCGUCGGGCUUCUACGUGCCGGGCGGGCUGUCCGUGCUGUGGGGCGCACUCUGGCUGUGGCAGGGCGCCAACUCCCCCGACACCUGCACCAGGAUCUCGGCCGAGGAGCGCGAGUACAUCCAGGGCGCGCUGGGGUCGUCCUCCAGCGGCAGCAAGCGUCUCACCGUGCCCUGGGGCAAAGUGCUGAGCACCCCCUGCGUGUGGGCCAUCAUCGUGGUGCACUCGUGCAGCAACUUCGGCCACUGGCUCAUGCUCACGCAGAUGCCAAACUACAUGAAGACCGUGCUGGAGUUCGACAUCAAGGACAACGGACUCGUGUCCUCGCUGCCUUACCUCAGCCUGGUGUUCACCUCCAUGCUGGUGGUGUGGGUGGUAAAGAUCCUCUCCGACAGACAGUGUCUCACCAUCGUCCAGACUAGGAAGAUAUUCAACUCAAUCGGCCACUACGGCAUGGGGCUGACCUUCCUGACGCUGGCGCUGUUGACGCACCUCGGCAUCCAAACGGCCGUGGCCGUGGCGCUGCUCACCGUGGCCGUGUCCCUGGAGGCCGCCCUCCUCGUCGGCUUCCUCAUCAACCACGUCGACUUGUCGCCCAACUUCGGUGGCGCCAUGUUCGGCCUGUCCAACUGCAUCGGCAACACCAUGGGCAUCGUGGCGCCGCUCCUCGUCAGCGCCGUCGUCGGCGACGACCGCGGCCAGACCCACGAGGAGCUGGCAACGGGCUGGAGCUACGUGUAUCUGAUCGGCGGCUGCGUCUACCUCACGGGGAACACUGUGUUCCUGCUGUUUGGGCGCGCCGACGUCCAGCCGUGGAACAACCCACAGGACUCUCUAAAAUCGAGCAAAGACGAGCCGGCCGAGCGUCACGAGCUGCUCUCCAAGGUGUUGUAAACACGCGAGCGCGACCCACAGAAGAAACCAUUGUCACGCACCUGUGAGCGCCCCGCUGCGACUGGUCGCAAGGACUACAAGAACCCCGUGCUUGUCCUGGCCAUCCCCGCCCGCCUCACCUGCAGCGUUCUGAGGUGAGUCUGGCUCUGGCUUGCGCGUCGGGCUGGUGAUCUCGGACCGAGUACGAGCAAUGGCUGUGAUGAACCAAUUUUCUGCAUGUACAAAACUAGACUUCGUGAAAUUUUGUUAUAUUUAUUGUUACUGUUAUCAUAAUUGUUAAAUUAAAUUAAGGUUUUUAUUUCGAA